AUUCCACAUCUUAUGCAGAAUUAAAACUUAAAUAAUGAAGAAUAGGGUAUGAGCUCUUUUUUUUUCUUCUAAAUUCAUAAUAAUAUUGUGGAUUAAAGUGUUAAUUUUAAACAAUGUUAAAAUGUAAAUCCGAGUCUAAAUUUAAUCGCAUGCUGGAUACUAAAUGCAUUUCUGUUAACAUUAUAAUGCACUAAAUAGUGUGUAGUAAAAAGCAUUGCUAUAGGCAUAAGGACGCCAUUAGGCAGAGACACCGCGGUCACAUGACCCACAGACCGGGUCACGUGACUAAUAAAGGUGGAAACGCUGUGUAGUGUUGGUGUUUAGCUUAGCAUUAGCACUUUGCUCGCAAAGUGGCUCGUGGAUGUUUUAGUACAGCACGUAAUGAGUGCUUUUCUGCUGAGUGUUUAAUGAAACACUGGUUGGUGUAAUAUAUUUGUAGAAAGGAGAAUAGAGAGUGUGUGCAGGCCUUUGUUUUUGGCUAGUCAGUCAGUCUGCUUGUCCUCCUCCUCCUGACUGUGGGCUCCAUCGAUGGCAGUGGCAACAACUUCAUCUAACGCCAGCGUUAAAAUUGAAAGUGUAGUUUACUAAAUCAGGCUCUGAGCACCGUUUGGAGUAAAACCUUCGUCCUUGAGGAAGGAAACCUGUCUUCAUGCCGUAUAACCAGAGGAACGGAUCAGCCUGGGGUAGACUGACAGAAUGAACGGCACACAACAACAUGACAUGAAAAGACAAAACCUUCUGGAAAGAUUGCUGGAUGCAGUUAAACAGUGCCAAAUUCGCUUUGGUGGAAGGAAGGAGAUUGCCUCAGACUCUGACAGCAGAGUCAUCUGCUUGUGUGCCCAGUUUGAGGCUGUACUUCAGCAUGGCCUGAGGAAGAGUCGAGGCCUGGCGCUCACCGCUGCCGCCAUAAAACAGGUUGCUGGCUUUACCAGCAAGACCGAAGGAGAUCUGACAUUCUGGUUCUAUGUGAAAGAGCACCUGAACCGCCACGAGCUGCAGCGUUUCUACUCUCUAAGGAACAUCUGGUCUGAGCUGGGCCGAGGCAGGGCAUGGCUGCGCUGUUCCCUGAACGAGCACUCUCUGGAGCGUUACCUCCACAUGCUGCUGGCUGACCGCCCUCGUCUGAGCGCCUUCUAUGAAGAUUGGGCUUUUAUCCUUGAUGAGGAGAGGGCCAGUAUGCUUCCCACCAUGGCUGCAGGACUGAAUUCCAUCCUGUUUGCCAUAAACAUUGACAACACUGAUCUGAAUGGUCAGGCACGCACAGGAGCGUCUGUCUCACUCCUGCUGAAAGAGUCCACACAAGGAAUGAGCAGUCUGUGGAAGGAGUCGGCACAGGGUGUCAGCACUCUGCUCAGAGAGAUCGGCACUGCUACUGCCGUGGUACCUGGUUUUGCACCACGCUCAGACUGUCCCUCUGAUCCCUUGCCUGUGCUGCCCCGGAGCACAUCUGCAGACUCUGGUUUAAGAAAAGAGCGCAGGAGGAAGAAGAAAAUCACUAACAUAAUUUCAUUUGAUGAUGAUCUGGACGUGGGAGCGGAGGAUGAAGACGAGGGCUGUGUGGGCGUCACGAGGAGUCUGAGGAAGAGUACGACGGGUGAUGUAAACUCUGAGGAAGCUCUCGAGACUUGUGAGUCGCCCCCCUUGCAGAACGGGCUGCCUGAGCCAGAGCAUGGCAUCAUUAGUUGGGCUGAAACUCCUCCACAGAACGGCAUUCUUCUUGACACCAAGAGCACUGACCAUGACGAAGAUGACGAGGAAGAUUUUUACAGCAAGAGCCGGCCAGAGCCUCAGGAGGACCACACGACUGGGGAACAGGUCGUAAUUGGGAGCUUGUCCAGUGUUUCGACUUGGAGCCCCAGGCCGGUCAUUACAGAGGCCGACAAUGACAGCACAGACAUCCUUAUCCCUGUAUCUAAAGUGGAGACCUACAGCCCGAAAGUUGACAGCUCUGUCGAGACGAUAGGAUUUCACGAGCAAACAGAGAGCUCAAGUCCAACCACUGACACUGAAAAAACAAAAGCUGAGCCAGAGUUCAGCAUGGAAUCCAGCUUGUUGCCCCAGAAUGCCUCUGUGGCCAGUGUAGUCUCCAGUCCUGGCCUGUCUGACUCUAUGACUAUGACCGAACUACGUCAAGCUAUUGUGGCCAUGAUGAACCGGAAGGAUGAGCUCACUGAGCAGAACAUGUCUCUGCGCAGUCUGCUGGAUGGAGAGAUGGAACACUCAUCUGGGCUGCGGCUCGAGGUUGACAGUCUAAAGAAAAAGCUGGCUGACCUGGAAGAGAGGCACACUGCCAAAGUUCAGGCCCUUGGGAGGGAAAACGAAGUGCUGAAGGUCCAGCUGAAGAAAUAUGUGGGUGCUGUCCAGAUGCUGAAGAGAGAAGGCAACCAGAGCGUUGACUCUCUCCCUAUGCUGAGGCAAUGUGAAGGCUCUGCUCCUGCUGUGCAGCACAGGUCAGUUGCAGAUGUGGAAGAACUGGCAGCUAGCUAUGAGCGUAAGCUCAUCGAGGUGGCUGAGAUGCAUGGUGAGCUAAUUGAAUUCAAUGAAAGGCUGUAUCGUUCACUAAUGGCUAAAGACAACCUGAUUGGCCAGAUGAGACAGGAGCUUAUCGACCUUCGAGGCCCAGUUCCUGGAGACCUGAGUCAGACCUCUGAUGAUCCCAGUCUAUCCGACUUUGAGACAGCUCACCGUGCUCUCGUGAACGUCUGGAUCCCCUCUGUCUUUCUGCAAGGCCGGGCUGCCAAUGCCUAUCACGUCUACCAGGUGUACAUCAGGAUCUUGGAUAACGAAUGGAACGUCUACCGACGUUAUGCAGAAUUUAGAGCGCUCCACAAUCACCUGCGAGGCAGGUUCCCUUUAGUCGACACUUUCAGCUUCCCUCCCAAAAAAGCCAUUGGAAACAAGGAUGCCAAGUUUGUGGAGGAAAGAAGGAAGCACCUGCAGUGUUACCUGCGCAUGGUGAUGAACAAGCUCAUCCAGACACUGCCUGAGUUUACUGCCUGCCCCACCAAGGAAACACUUCUGCAGCUGCUGCCUUUCUGCCAAGAACUGCAUUCAGUCUAACUGAGACGAACUUAAUCAUGCAGCAAGACAAUGACCUAAAUCCCAGUGCCAACACAACAUCAGAGGAAACACUGGAAGCUUUUAGACCGGCCAAGUCUCAGACCUUGAAAGGCUUGACAGAAUGAGAAUGCAACACUACGAUGAUGGCAGAGGAUUGCCAGCUUGAUGCUGUUUUUGCAAGCAACGUACAGAAUAUGAAACAUAAAUGUUGUUGUUUUUAUUUUACUUAAGAGUUUAAGAGUUAUGUUUAUUUAUUUAUUUUCUCACCUUAACAUUGGGUGGUCUGGGAUGUUUUAAGUUGUUUAACACAUCAGGAUGUCCAUAUUGGUACUGUAAACUUAAGCUUAGAUUCUGAUAUUGUCUCAUUCAUUGUCUCAUCCAAACCUAAGUGUCUUCAGUUUACAGCAGAAAUAAAAGUUUUGACCCUGCUGUUGCAGUACUUUCAAAGGGGACUGUAUCUGCAUAAAUGGCUAAAUUGUAUUUAUUACAUCAUAUUUCAAUAUAAUUGUAUCUUUCUCUUUUCUGACUGUUAUAAUUUUAUCAUAUACAAUCCAUCAUCCUGUAUACAGAGAACAGAAAUAUCCUAUAUUUAGUAUCUGUUGUUUCCCCAAUUACACUUGCUAAUUCGGCAUGCUGUUUCAGAGCCAACACUUGGCUCAUCCAUCUAUCAGCUUCACCAUUUUUUCUCACGCUGCAUAUCACUGAAUUACUGUCAGUCCACUGAGUCUCAGCCAGCUCCAAUUACAAACAGGAGAUUAAUGAAAAAAUGUUCCUCCCUCUCAUCAAAAUGAUCAGGAUGAAUUCAUCGGGAAUCCUUGGCACAGCUUUGAAAAUGACGAGCUAAUUUAAUGGCUUUCAGCUUGAUGUAAUUUGUGUGUUGAGCCAAAUGAGGCGUUGAUGGGUCCAGCUGGGAUGUGAAGGAGGUGAGGGUUGAAAAUUAUGGGAGGCUUUUUAUUGGGGGUUCGGAUGGUGGUGGUGGUGUUUUGCAUUAAAAUUGGGUCACAGCCUGCAGAAGGAAUUGUCUGGAAUAUGAUUCUGCGCUGUUGAUACAGUACGGAGGUUAUAGAUUUAUUUAUUUUUAGCUGUCCCUUUAAUGCAGGUUUAUAAAUGUCUAAUUAGAAAGAGACAUUGUUUAUACUUUGGUUAGUUAAAUAAUGUAUUAUGACUGUAUCAUGUGUAAUAAUAAUAAUGAGCUGGAUUUGACUUCCAGUCAUCAUUGAGGGCUCACAGUUCAACCAAUUCACUCACCCUUAUGCCCUGUACAUGGGGGUCAUCAUGAACGGAAUCAUUUUCAUUAUGAUAGAACUGUUUCAUCAGGAGCUGAUCAGUCAGAAUACCUUUUUGUAUUUAUUUGCAUGGAUGCCUUCUCCUAGCAGCAUUACUGCUGUCUUUAAAUACAGGCCUUGUAUUCAAAACGUGUAAAGGGGCGUCAGGUCUGAGACAGUCAUUUAUUUAUUGGUUUUUUCCAUCUCACCCCUCCUCCACACUGUACUGAAAUUCUUUCUUCUGCCAGCUAAAUGCUUUUUGUCAUACAUAUGUAUUAGUAUUAUUUCUGUCUUUACUUUGUCCCCUGAAUGUGAAACUGCUUAAAUUCUAUUUAUUUUUAGCAAUUUUUAGACAAGAUGGUUGUUGUCGCACCCUCUUUUAGGGAACAAAGUGUGAUGCAUUUAUAAAAUGAAAAACACUCAGACUUGAUGCAUGAGUUCAGAAUUGUUACUGAGAGGAAAGAAGCAGGUGAUAUACUGGGUCACGUCCACAUCCAGUAUACAGUACGCUUUUUCCCAGUACUUUUAGAUCUGGAAAAGAAACUUGAAUUUACCACAAACUUACUUGCAGUUGUAGAUGUUGUAUUU